UCCCCCACCUUGAAUCGUUUGUUUGGGACGUUGAUCUGCCUUUAGCCCUCAGCAGAAGACACCCAGCACUACUAGCCCCAGAAAGAAGAGCCUAAGGAAGCCUCCCCACUGCUAUCAGAGCUUGAAGGAGGACAUGCCAUGGGCGUGGGUGGCAGCUCCUCAGCUUAGAUCCGAAAGACUCCCAGGAGACCAACCUGGACGGCUGGGGUGAUGGAGAAGGAGGAGUCUGGUGGGGCCUGGUUCUCCUCUGCUUAAGAGAACGGCUUAGAAUUGGGGUCCUUGUGGGGUUUAAGACAUUUCCACAUAUCUCUGGGCUGAUUUCCUUCUCAGGAAAAGCAGAGAAUGAAGAGACACCAAAGAUUUCUUUCUCCUGGUGGAUCUAGUCUGAAGGCCCAGACCUGAAGCCAGAUAGAAGCAGAGUUUAACUCCUCACUCUCUAAGUGCUAUGCUUCUGGGUCCGAUGGGGAGAACUCCCGAACAGUCAGUAGCCCUCAGGAACAACAGCUCUCCUUCCUUCCUAACAACUGCACCUUCACUCUUUACUUUUGAGCUGGGGCUGUUAGCUCCAUUUUGCAGAUGACAAAAGCGAGGCUCCAAGAAGUUAAAGUGGACUCUCACCCAAAGGAAGGAAGGAAAUGACGGGAACUGGAAGGGAAAGUGAACCUUCUUCCCUAGAGUUUGUGUUGAUGAAGAAGAGAACAUCCGGAUAUAGGCGCUCACACACACACACACAAACCAGGAUUUGGGGAGAGCCAGUUUGGAAAGGUUCAGAGAAGGCAGGAGAGAAAUUCGGAAGAGAGCAAACAGAAAGCCCAGCAUGGCUCUCCAGAAUGCUCUCUGACCAACAGAGAGCCAGAGGCUGGCCAGGUAACACAGCAUCUGGAAUGGCAAAGUUUAGAGCUAGCUCAGUAACAAGCCCACUGCAUGCCAGGCACUGGCCUAAGCACGUGGGGAGACAAUAGACGAAUGAUUACGUCCAACCAAGAUCUCUACAGGAGACUGUGGGAGAGAAUGGACAGAGGGCAGGCACCCAGGAGAAGGUGGGCUUUUAGCAGAGGCUAGAAGGAAUCCGAGAGGAGGAGAGCCAGCAAAAAUGCUGAGAGCAAACCAGGAGAUGGAGGGCUGUGUGGGAGGUACAGUCAGGAGGCUGGAGUCACUGGAUCCUGGAGGAUGAGAAAGGGCAGAAGCAGGAAGCUGAGCUGGCCAGGGAAGAGAAGGCCCACAACCCUAACAGUCGGGGUUUGUGGUUGAGCUGGGGGGGGGGGGGGCUGAGAAAGUGAGAAGGGUUGUGACUGCUGCUCCUAUUGGGUAGGAUUCCUGAUUCCCAGCCUCAAGAGAUGAGGAGGGCUGUUCCUCUAGCUUUCUUUGGCUCCUGUCAUCUCUGUCGAUGAGAACGAAUGACCUUUGGCUUGAAUGUGACCAAAGAGAAAUGCAGUCGAUGCCCCAGUUAACUGGGAGAGAGGAAGAGAGCACCAGGAGAGGUGGAGGAACUCCCUCACAGAUUGAAAGCAGUGGCAGGUGGCACUGCAGAGCCCAAUAGAGUGGUAUUUGGGGAAAGACGAGAGAGUGCCCACAAGCCUGAGAAGGGUAGAUGGGGUCCCGGUUUCCAAAAGAGGGAAGAGAAUAGAGUGCCUGUGAGCUCUAGGCCAGCACGUUUGACUUUUGAGCCCUGGGAAAGUCCCUGAAAGAGGACUCUAACCCUCUUCGGACUAGCAGAGGAGAUGGGGCUGGGGAUGUGCUGUGGCUACGGGGGUGGCCUGGGUUUCAGCAGAGCAUUCCAUCAAGUCUAAUGUAUUCUUCUUGUGGCUGAGAUGGAGCGAUGCAGGCUACCUGAUGGUACAAGGAGAUGGGGUGGAAACUGGUUGGGGGGGGGGGCAGAACGAAAGAACAGUCGCUGAGAACUCAGUGUCAACUUGAAGAAGGGGCUUUCUGAGAGAGCGCCCCAGAGCCCUGUGGGUCACUGACCCGCUGAUCCAGGACUUCAAAGCUGGGAGAAUGAAGGCAUCCACUGAAUGAUCGAGUCAGAAUCUCAAAGGAUCUCAACAGGUGGACCCUUUCAAAACUCAAUAGGAAUAAAUGGCAUCUUAUACUUCAACUUUUAAGAACUACUAACAGUUCUCUGCCGUGUGAUGGUUUGCUAAAUACUGUCUCAAUUUCCAUGGGAGGGGGUGCUGUUGGUUUCCUCUUUUUACAGAUGGGGAAACUGAGGCAGACAGUGUUGAUUAAGUGACUUACCCAGGGUCCCCCAGCCACGGCUGCAUAUGAACACGGGUCUUCUUGCCUGAUCCCAGGCCUGGUGCUCUGUAUGCUCUAUUACCACCUGCAGUUGCCUUAUAAAGCCAACUUCACAAAUAUAGGAUGAGGUCUAAUUAAGCAGCAGUUGCUUGUGGGGGAGAGAGGGGUAGCAGACUGCCAGCUCAACGGGAGCUUUGGGGGCUUGGGCUGCAUGGGAGCUGGUGACCCCACUGCCCUCCACGCUUGGUAAACCUUGGGAAGAUGAGUUGGAGUGUUGUUGGAGGGGGCCAGGUUUCCAGAAAACAGUUCAGAAUGUUGGGUGCUCUGGGUAGUGUCAGAUCGAGAGAAGAAAAGCUUGAGCAGGCAGAGCUAGAGGCCCGGCUGAGGUGAGCGAACGUCCUCCUGAGAGGAGCGCCGACUGAUGGUCCCCCAAGCUGGGGAUAGAUAAUGAGGCCAAAGCUCCAAGAGCGUCCUGCAGAGGAGAGGCAAGAAGGGGUGGGAUGGGAAGCCCAGUGGGAAAGUGGGCAGGAGCCCAGGGGCAACUGCUGGGCCAGUGUCUGAGAGCCUUGGGCAGCGAAGGCUGGACAGGGCCCUGGGAGCUGUUUGUGGAAGGAAGAUCAGGCCGGAGAGAGGACUGGGCUGCCCUCCGAAGGGGCCAGAGAGAAGGUUCUCCCAUGGGGAGGCAGCAGAACCUGAUUUCCUAGAGGGGCCAGAGGGCAGGGAAGAAAAGUGCUCAGGCCCCUCCACUUGGCAUGUGGACCCAGCCCCUGCCCGGCUUCAGGGCCUGGGAUUAUGGACUCAGCCUCUUCUCAGCCUCUUCCCUGGACUCACACCCCCCCCUCCAAUAGCUUCUGUUUCUCCUAGAGAAAAGGAAACUGAGCCCCAGUGACGCUGUAGUCAGGCCCCUCCGGGCCCUGAAGGGAAUGCCUGAUAAUAGGGGGCAGGAGCUAGGGAUGCCACAGGACUGACCUUGCAUUUGCCCAAGGGCUGAUGCCCUGAAUGAGAGGGGGAGGAAAGGAGGCAGGGCAGGGCAGGGCAGAGUUUCCAGUUCCCCUCUGGCUCCCUGCCCUGCUCUGUGGCCUCAGCCCCGCCCAGCAUCAACCUCCAGGGCCCUCUUUCCUUCCUCGUUCCUGGCUGGUCUGAAGGAGGCGGGUGCCUCUCUUCCCACCCUCCCCAUCUGGCUUUGGGGCCCCAGGCCCCAUGGAGCCCCCUGAAGGUAGCAGGUCCACAGAGUCUCCCACCCUCCACCAGUAUUGCUGUCCUGCCCAGGUGUUCCUCUCCAUGCAACUACUCCCCCCUGGCAGGCCGACUGAGAGCAGUGUGGAGGGCGAUGCCCCGUCCAGUGAUCUGGGCGUCGGGGCCAACAGUCCGGAAAGCCAGGCCCCCUACCGGUGCGGGGGCAGUGGUGUUGUCAGCGAGUUCGCCAAGUUGUCGGACCCUUAUGAGCUGCCCCCAAGUGCCUGCCAUGUCCACAUGCCUGGUCCGUCUGCUGCCACUGGCCUGCCCUGGGCCCAGCGGGCUCGCCUCCAGCCCGCCAGCCUAGCACUCCGAAAGCAGGAGGAAGAAGAGCUGAAGAGGUCCAAGGCCCUAUCCGACAGCUAUGAGCUCUCCACAGACCUGCAGGACAAGAAGGUGGAGAUGCUAGAGCGGAAGUACGGGGGCCCGUUCCUCAGUCGUCGGGCAGCUCGCACCAUCCAGACAGCCUUCCGCCAGUACCGCAUGAACAAGAACUUCGAGCGGCUACGCAGCUCAGCCUCGGAGAGCCGCAUGUCCCGGCGCAUCAUCCUGUCCAACAUGCGCAUGCAGUUCUCCUUUGAGGAGUAUGACAAGGGUCAGAAUGCUCCUUACUUCGAGGGCAAGCCAGCCUCCUUGGAUGAAGGCGCCAUGGCAGGGGCUCGAGCCCAUCGGCUGGAGCGCGGCCUCCCCUAUGGCGGUUCCUGCAGUGGCCUGGACGGAGGCAGCUCUGUCACUACCUCUGGGGAGUUCUCCAAUGACAUCACCGAGCUGGAAGACUCAUUCUCCAAGCAGGUGAAGUCCCUGGCAGAAUCAAUUGAUGAGGCCCUGAACUGCCACAGUCUACGGGGAGAGGAGGAGGAGGAGGAGGAAGAGGAGGAGGAGGAGGAAGAGGAAGAGGAGGAAGAGGAAGAGGACGAGGAGGACGAGGAGGAAGAAGAAGAGGAGGAGGAGCCAGUGGAGCCAGGGAGAGUGGAGGGAUCAGGGCCCCUCCCAGAGCAGACAGAGGCCCGGGACCGGGACCACCAUGGGGACAGUACUGGCACCUCCUUCAGUGAUGUCACCCUCUACCUGGAUGAAGCCACUGGGCCUGUGUCCCCACUUUCCCCAGACCAUCCGGCUGGCAGUAAUGAUACUCCACAGCCUCCUCUGCCACCACCCCCAUCUGGUGUUGCCAAUGCUCGAGAGGAGGAUAUGGGGGCCCGCCGGGCUCCCCCCUGCCUCGAAUGCAGGGAUUUCCGCCUCCGGGCAGCCCACCUUCCACUGCUGACCAUUGAGCCACCCAGUGAUAGCUCUGUGGACCUCAGUGACCGCUCUGACCGGGGCUCCAUUCACCGGCAGUUGGGCAAUUAUGAGGCUGGUGCAACUGGCAGCCCCCAUGGUACUUUGCAGCACCCAGAGCCACCACCACCUGGGAGACCCCCUCACCCCCUCCGCCAUUACCCAGCCCCUGAGGCUAGUGGCCUGGGGCCCCCCCCACCACCACCACCUGGAACAUCUGCCCUCAACAGCAGUGGGCCUCCUGGAAGCAGUGGCCGAAUCCUCAUGGGCAAGUGUGAGGCUGCUUCAGCCACAGUGGCCGGGGGUGGGGGCGGUGGUGGCGGCGGCGGCGGCGGAGGAGGAGGCGGCGGCAGCGGCGGCGGAGGCGGCGGCGGCGGCGGCGACUCGGAUGGGGACCCUGAUAGCUUGAACAGCACCACAAACUCAAAUGAGACCAUCAAUUGCAGCUCGGGCUCUUCCUCACGAGACAGCCUGCGAGAACCCCCUGCCCCCCUGGGCUCCCAGACUUACCAGCGGGAGACCAGGCACAGUUGGGAUUCCCCAGCCUUCAACAAUGAUGUGGUCCAGAGACGACACUACCGCAUAGGCCUCAACCUCUUUAACAAGAAACCAGAGAAGGGGAUCCAGUAUCUGAUCGAGCGAGGCUUCUUGUCUGACACACCCGUGGGGGUGGCCCACUUCAUCCUGGAGCGCAAAGGCCUGAGCCGCCAGAUGAUUGGGGAGUUUCUGGGCAACCGUCAAAAACAGUUCAACAGGGACGUGCUCGACUGCGUGGUGGAUGAGAUGGACUUCUCCUCCAUGGAUCUGGACGAUGCUCUGCGCAGGUUCCAGUCGCACAUCCGGGUACAGGGUGAGGCCCAAAAGGUGGAGCGGCUCAUUGAGGCCUUCAGCCAGCGGUACUGUGUGUGCAACCCAGCCCUUGUGAGGCAGUUCCGGAACCCAGACACCAUCUUCAUUUUGGCCUUCGCUAUCAUCUUGCUCAACACAGACAUGUAUAGCCCCAAUGUCAAGGCCGAACGCAAGAUGAAGCCUGAAGACUUCAUAAAGAACCUCAGAGGAGUUGAUAAUGGAGAAGAUAUCCCCCGGGACUUGCUGGUGGGCAUUUACCAGCGCAUCCAGGGCCGUGAACUGAGGACCAAUGACGACCAUGUAUCCCAGGUGCAGGCUGUGGAGCGCAUGAUCGUAGGCAAGAAACCGGUCCUCUCCUUGCCCCACCGGCGCCUAGUCUGUUGCUGCCAACUCUACGAGGUGCCUGACCCCAAUCGGCCACAGAGGCUUGGCCUUCACCAGCGUGAAGUGUUUCUCUUCAAUGACCUACUUGUGGUCACCAAGAUUUUCCAGAAGAAAAAGAUCCUGGUGACCUACAGUUUCCGCCAGUCCUUUCCCCUUGUCGAAAUGCACCUCCAGCUCUUCCAGAAUUCGUAUUACCAAUUUGGCAUCAAACUGCUGUCUGCCGUGCCAGGUGGGGAGCGAAAGGUGCUCAUCAUCUUCAAUGCACCCAGUCUCCAAGACCGGCUUCGGUUCACAUCUGACCUCCGAGAAUCCAUAGCUGAAGUGCAAGAGAUGGAGAAGUACCGUGUGGAAUCGGAGCUCGAGAAACAGAAGGGGGUGAUGCGCCCCAACACCUCCCAGCCCACUGGCUCCAAGGAUGCAGUCAAUGGCACACUGCCUCGGUCCAGCCUAGAGGACACAUAUGGCCUUGGCGAUGGUCUGAAGCGGAGUGCCCUUAGCAGCUCCCUCCGAGACCUCUCGGAUGCAGGGAAGCGGGGGCGACGUAACAGCGUGGGAUCACUGGACAGCACCAUCGAAGGAUCUAUUAUUAGCAGCCCCCGCCCUCACCAGCGGAUGCCUCCACCCCUGCCUCCAGCGCCACCACCACCCGAGGAGUAUAAGACCCAGCAGCGCCCAGCAUCCAACUCGUCCUCCUUCCUGGGCUCCCUGUUCGGCAGUAGAAGGGGCAAAGGCCCCUUCCAGACCCCUCCAGGGCCUACAUCUGCUUCCUCCUCCUCAGCCUCCUCCUCCCACCACCACCACCACCACCAUCACCACCACCACCACCCCCCGCCUCCAGCUUCAGUAGCCCACCACCCACCGCCAGUUCCAGCCCCAGCCCCACAUCAUAUCCACGCUGAUGGCCCCUCCAAGCUUCAGGCCCUCCAUGCCCAGUAUUGCCAUGUGCCUGGGGGGUCAGCCCCUCCUCCUCCUCCUCCCCCCUACCAUCCACAGCCUGCCCCACCCCCACCCCCACCUCAGCCAGCUCCUCUACCACAGGUGGGCACCAUCCCACCCCCACCCUCCUCAGCGCCACCUGUGGGGCCACACCGUCACUUUCUUGGUGGGCACGGGCCUCAGCACUUUACACUGGGUCGGGCUGGGGGACGAGCCAAACGGGGAGCCGCUGGGGCAGCUUCCAUGGGGGGUCGCUACCCACUACACCAACCCACUUCACCCUUGCCCCUCUACAGUCCAGCCCCACACCAUGGGCUGGUCCACCAUGCGUACCCCCCACCAGGUCCAACACCGCCUGGUGUCCACCACAUGGCCAGUGCAGCCAAACAGGGCCCCAAGCACUUUAUCUUUGGUGGGCACCCUCCACCCAUGAUGUCACGGCCUACUCCUGGAGGGCCCUAUGGUGGUGGAGGUGGCAGUGGGGGCCACUCUGGCCCAGUGCACCCCCCCCAGUCACCACUAUCACCUCACUCACCUGUGAUACCUCCCCACCCUUCAUACCCACCACUUCCUCCACCCUCACCCCAUACCCCACUCACCCCACAUUCACCUGCACCACCCACCUCUCCCCACCCACCCCCCCACAGCCACAGUCACGGCCACCCCCACAGCCAUGGCCAUGGUCCUGGCAACCCCAAGUCCAAGCCAGCAAGUAGGAUUAGCACUGUUGUUUGAACCCUAAGCAAGAGGAAGGCAGGCUCACCUUGGAUCUUCCUAGGACACUUUCUGGCUGCCCUUCUUCAAAAAUACAUCUGUGUACAGACAAUGUGAGAUGAUGGGGCCACUGACUGCUCCUCACCCUGGUCUUGGGGGGGGCCGGGGGACCCUCCCAUUCCCUCCCCUCCAUGAGAUGACGGGAUCAGUUUGACAGUAUCCAAGGCUCCAUUCAGAUUUCUAGUCUAUGUCUCAGCUUCUCCUUCUGGAAAACAAGGUGGUUUACCUAGCUGGCAUCAGUCUAGUAUCCUUACCUGGAGCCUUCAGGGGCUUGGGACGUCCACAACCUACCCAGUAACUGAGCAAGAGAUGUGGGGGCUAGAGGUGAAGGAGCAGUCUUCAACGCCCAACGCCGCUGUCCCUGAAACAUCUGAGGAGUUCUGGGAGAGAUGGGCCCUGGAGGAGAGCUUUUAAGGGAACACAGUCUAGGCUUUGCCAAUGAGGGCUGUCUGAGGCUUCUUUGGAAGCCCCCAGCAAGACUAGCCACCUCCAAGGACCAUGAGAGGCACACAUGGCGGGGGGGGGGGGGGGGGGGGGGGGCUCUCAUCAUGGAAGUUCAGGGCUUGGGACCCCUCCCCUUCUUCUUCUGAAGGGACCAAGUGCAUGAAGCUUCCCACACACACACACUCUUGGCAAGAGGUAAGGACUGCAGGGUUGGAGCCAGGCUGACCUCCUGGUAUUUGUACUUGGGUCUCCUUGCUCUUGGUCCCUGUCCUCUUCUGUCCCAAUAGUCGCCCCUUUCUUCCCUAUCCCCCACCUCUGACCUCAGAGCUCAGGGGAAUUUCCUCCUCCACCAGUUUACUCCAUGCUGCCCAGAGUAGAAACCCUGAUUUGUGCCAGUCAGGAAGAGAAAGUGAACCCCACUGUCUAUGUCUUCUUUAGCCCCUCCCCAUGAGCCAGGGCACUUUAGGGUGGGGGGGAUGGAACUGGAGGUCCCCUCCCCCAAAUGCUAGACAGGGCCUCUCAGAGACUCUUCCCCAAUCCCCAGAGUGGGCUCUUGGGAGUACCUGUGUGUUUGGGGGAGGAACAGCUGGACUGGACAAGGCUGGGCCAGGCCUGGCUGAGCAGAAAGAGCUGCCUAGGAAGGGAGAAAAGCAAAUCUCUCCAGACCCAGGAAAGCCCACUAAGGACCUUCUAGGGAUCCCAGGGAAUGGAGACUGAGACCAGGUGCCACUGCAAUCCUGAGCUUUUCACCCCAGACAGCCUUCGUUCUAGCUGCCUCCUCCUUGUUUAUUUAUUAUAAAUAUAUUUUUUACAAAACCCAGCAACCUAUCCCCACCCCCACCCCACCCUCUCCCUCCCUUCCUGCCUGCAUGUCCUAGCAGUCCUAGCCUUUCUUUCCUGUCUACUUGGCUAUAUAUGGCAUAAAUAUACCCCAGGUCUGGCUGGCCAGUUGCCUGCAGGGAGUAGAGAGUGGGGGUCUAGGCCCUUGGCAGAGGAGGGUGGCAGUUAGUGGUGGUGGUGGUGGUGGUGGUGGUGGCAGCGGCAGCGGCGGCAGUGACAGUGGCAAUGAUGGCGGCUGGGGGGGGGCCCAAAGACCAGGCUUGCAGAAGAGAGAGGAGUCUCAUUGUCCUGGUUGGGCCAGUCAGUUCUUUUUCUUGCCUCUGUUGUACAUAAGAAUGUAUAUUUGAUGUCUUAUAAAUGCCCCAUCUUUGGCCUGUGCUCA